AUGCUUAAGUUGAGAAGUACAGCUAGACUUUCGUCAAAACAUUUGAAAAGUGCGAUAGGUAGCCAAGAAUAUCAGGUUACUACCUACGCCAGACCCGAUGACCUAUUGAUAACCAGAGGAAAGGGUUCAAUUCUCUACGAUGAUCUGCAUAACAAGAAAUUCGUGGAUUUCACAGCUGGUAUUGCCGUCACGUCGCUGGGACACUCCAAUGAAAACGUUUCCAAAAUCCUGUGCGAUCAGUCAAAGAAACUCAUCCAUUCAAGCAACUUAUAUUACAACGCUGAGUGCUUGGAAUUGAGCAAGAAGAUCGUGGAAAAGACCAAAAGUUUGGGCGGACAACACGACUGCAGCAAGGUUUUCCUUUGCAGCACCGGUACAGAAGCUAACGAAGCAGCAUUGAAAUUUGCCAAAAAACACGGGUCUCUGUUGGGUCCCAAAAAACACGGAAUCGUUGCAUUUGAAAACUCGUUCCAUGGACGUACUAUGGGCGCAUUGUCUGUUACCAGUAACCCCAAGUAUAGAACUCCUUUUGGUGACUUGGUACCCGGAACUUCGUUUUUGAACAUUCAAGAUGAGCUAUCGGUUCUGUCGAACUACAUUAGCUCCAAGAAAGAUCAAAUUGCCGGCCUUAUAGUAGAGCCAUUGCAGGGAGAAGGUGGUGUUUUCCCUGUUCCCGUAGAAAAACUAAUCGGUCUUAAGCAGAUUUGUAAAGACAAUGACGUUGUUGUCAUUCACGAUGAGAUCCAAUGUGGGAUGGGCAGAACAGGCAAGCUAUGGGCCCAUGCUUAUUUGCCCAAAGAAGCUCAUCCUGAUAUUUUCACUUCUGCAAAGGCCCUGGGUAACGGUUUCCCCAUCGCUGCUACAAUGGUGAACGAAAAGAUCAACAACGCUUUGCAAGUGGGUGAUCACGGUACCACGUACGGUGGUAAUCCAUUGGGAGCAGCUGUAGGCUGCUACGUCAUGGACACGAUCGGUGAUGGGAAAUUCUUGAAAGACGUUGCUCGCAAAGGUGAGGCUUUCCAGAAUAGUUUAAAAGGGCUGUUGGAUCAAUACCCACAACACAUCACGAACUUGAGGGGGAAAGGUUUAAUGAUUGGGUUGGAAUUCGCCGAAGCUCCCAAGGAACUGAUCAAUAAAUGCAGGGAGUUGGGAUUGCUCAUCAUCACCGCUGGUAAGUCCACAGUCAGAUUCGUUCCACCACUUACCAUCACGGACGAAGAAAUUCAGGAGGGACUUUCCAUCUUUAAGAAAGCCGUGAAAGAGGUUUACGGCUAA